GCCACCACCACGUGGCCAGGGAGGGAUUACGCUGAGCGAGCAGAAGGUAAACAGAUUAUUUCCGAAAUGGAGCUUGCUUUUUGAAUGUCGUCACCAUUGUCACACUUAUACCGACAGUGGAGUAACUUGGAGUUCCUUUCCAAGCCCUCUCACCUUGGCACCUUUUUCAAUCCUUCGUCCAGGUCUGCAGGGAUCAUUGACUGCCUCAACGAUCAAACCAGGAUUCUAACUCCAGGAUUCUAACUCCAUCUGCUAAAACCUAACUGGAGCCAAGACAAUAGUGAACAACCCCUCUUUUGGCUCUAGAGCCUAGAGACUUUGUCAACAGUGACAAUACAUUUUUCGUCAUGGACUCGAGAUAAAGGUUUUCAGAGAAUUUCCUUUUGUUUCCAAAUGAAAACUUUUUGGCUCUGAAAGGACCUAAACUAUUCCAUCAUGCAUUUGAGAACGGGACUGUUCCUCACCCUAUUUCUCUUUACCCUUGCAGCCCCUCGAAUCAAAGACCUACAGGUCCAAGACUUGUUUGGAAUCCGAGAUGUUAAAUACAAACACUUCCUAGAGAGUCUAAGACCAGUCAAACACACCACCAAUGUCAAAAUGAUAAAGGACCUGGACAGGCAACGGACAAAGAGGUCGACGUUCUUCACCACAGGGGUUAAAAUAUGUCCUCAAGAGAAGAUGAAGGAGGUCAUCUCCAACCAUCGGGCCUACUACAAACUUAGAGUUUGUCAGGAAGCGAUAUGGGAGGCCUUCCGUAUCUUUUGGACAGGGUUCCUAACUCCGAGGAGUACAAACACUGGACCUACGCCUGCCAGCAUGGCUCUCUCUGUCUGGAUGAGGUGGCCAGGAACUUCAGUAGUACCCAGGAACACAUCGACAUGGUGGCCAGAAGAGUUGCUGAACAGGAGAAGAUCCAUAAAGAAAGUGGUGAAGUACCAACAGCUGGAGGAACUGAGAUUGAGAAAUGCUCGAAAACUCCCUCAGAACUGUUUAGCAUUCCGAAUGAAGCAGGGGACAUAACAGAGAUUCCAAACAUUGUACCAGAUGAGGUGGUUAUUGAGGAGCAGAUAGUGGAGUUCAGUGUCACCAUAGCUGACCCUGGCUACAGUGAACUUCUUCUGAGAGACCCUGCAGCUCCCCAGUACCAUGACAUCACACGCAAUCUCCACGAUACGAUGGUUCACGUUUUUGACAAACUUCCUGGGUAUAAAGAUCUUCGUGUUUUGGGAUUUCGGUUGGUUGAAUUUAGAUCUGAUGAUGUGUCAGUCCGCUAUGCUGUGGUGUUUGAGACGAAUGGAGAAGACCCUGACACAGAAUCUAAAACCACUCUAGAACCAGGCACAGAGACAGUUAUUUACACAAACGGGCACAGACUGAAGGAUCUGGUUUCCAAGGCCUUGAGCGGAGAGACAUCCCUGCCCGUGGACAUACAAACACUCAGUUUUGAACCUGAUCCCACUGUUUCUCUACGCAAUGAGUUGGAAGCGACUACCUUGGAGACCUUGCUAGAGGAGGUUGUUGGGCACACUGAAGGUUUAUUACCAACUGUUGCUGUCGGAGAGGAAUUUCUUAAAGAUUUUACAGACACUCCCGAGGAACUCACUGUUGUGCCUUUAGGUGACUCAGUUACUGUUCUCCUCACUGAGACUUCCACUGCCUCCCCUGCCAUUGAAGUAACUCCCAAUUCUCCCCAAGAGGAACUUAUUGAGAGUCCUCCCUCAGAAGAAGUAGAGUUGCCUCCAGUGGCGGCCACAGAUGAGAUGCUUGAGGUAGAUGCUACAGAAGAGAUGCUUGAGAUAGAGGAGCCUGCAGUGGAUGUUACAGAGGAGACGACUGAGGUAGAGGAGCCUGCAGUGGAUGUUACAGAGGAGACGACUGAGGUAGAGGCUACAGAGGAGACGAUUGAGGUAGAGGAGCCUGCAGUGGAUGUUACAGAUGAGACGAUUGAGGUAGAGGAGCCUGCAGUGGAUGUUACAGAGGAGACGACUGAGGUAGAGGAGCCUGCAGUGGAUGUUACAGAGGAGACGACUGAGGUAGAGGAGCCUGCAGUGGAUGUUACAGAGGAGACGAUUGAGGUAGAGGAGCCUGCAGUGGAUGUUACAGAGGAGACGACUGAGGUAGAGGAGCCUGCAAUGGAUGUUACAGAGGAGACGACUGAGGUAGAGGAGCCUGCAGUGGAUGUUACAGAGGAGACGAUUGAGGUAGAGGAGCCUGCAGUGGAUGUUACAGAGGAGACGACUGAGGUAGAGGAGCCUGCAGUGGAUGUUACAGAGGAGACGACUGAGGUAGAGGAGCCUGCAGUGGAUGUUACAGAGGAGACGACUGAGGUAGAGGAGCCUGCAGUGGAUGUUACAGAGGAGACGAUUGAGGUAGAGGCAACAGAGAGGACGCUUGACGUAGAGGAGACUACAGUGGAUGUUACAGAGGAGACGAUUGAGGUAGAGGCUACAGAGAGGAUGCUUGACGUAGAGGAGACUACAGUGGAUGUUACAGAGGAGACGAUUGAGGUGGAGGCUACAGAGAGGACGCUUGAUGUAGAGGAGACUGCAGUGGAUGUUACAGAGGAGACGAUUGAGGUGGAGGCUACAGAGAGGACGCUUGAUGUAGAGGAGACUGCAGUGGAUGUUACAGAGGAGACGAUUGAGGUAGAGGCUACAGAGAGGAUGCUUGACGUAGAGGAGACUACAGUGGAUGUUACAGAGGAGACGAUUGAGGUGGAGGCUACAGAGAGGACGCUUGAUGUAGAGGAGACUGCAGUGGAUGUUACAGAGGAGACGUUUAAAGUAGAGGAGCCUCCAGUGGAUGUUACACAGGAAACAAUUGAGGUAGAGGAGCCUGCUGUGGAUGUUACAGAGGAGACGAUUGCAGUAGAGGAGCCACUGGAUAUUACAGAGGAGACGAUUGAGGUAAAGGCUAAAGAGGGGACUCUUGACGUAGAGGAGCCUGCAGUGGAUGUUAAAGAAGAUACAUCUGAGGUAGAGGCUACAGUCGGGACGCUUGAUGUAGAGGAGUCUCCAGUGGAUUCUACAGAGAAGACGAUUGAGGUAGAGCAGUCUCUAGUGGAUGCUACAGAGCAGACAAUUGAUAUAGAGAACACUGUGGAUGCGACAGAGGACUACCUUUGGGUUUGGCCACCAGUUACAAGAACAGCUGUUACAGAACAGCCUACCACCAAAAUGAUUACUCUCUUCCCCCCUGAGGAAGAUGCUGAGGAGACCCUCCCAACUGUUGAACCAAAGGAAGAUGAAGGACCCACAACUACUGAGGUGACUUUAGAGAAGCAACCAGACGGAGACAAUCAAAUGAUCACCACUACAGCAUCUCUACACGUAGAACCUACAUCCAUCGAAACAUUCACCACUGUUACACAAUCACCAAACAUGCCUUUAUCUGAGGAUGAUGUCAUCCAAGCAGAACCUGAGGAAGUCCCCUCAGCAAAUUUCCCCCCUGGACCUUCAGAAGGAUGGGACACUCUCCAAGAUGAGGAACCACUUGAGACGGACGUGGAUAUCUCUAAUGACUCGGACAUACAGGAGGAUGUAGAAAAGGUAGAGGACGGUACAGAAGCCGCCAAUACGCUGGACGAGUUUGGCAGUGGAUUAGAAGGCCCAUUUGAGUCCUCCGCACCCCCAGCAUUCACACACAUGAACACUCCUUUAAUGGCCAGUACUGGAAAAGCCAAAGAAAUGGUGGUGUUCUUUAGUUUGCGAGUCACUAACAUGAUGUUUUCAGAGGACCUGUUCAACAAAAGCUCUCCCGAGUACAGGUCAUUGGAGAAUACCUUUCUUCAGCUGAACCAGUUCUCUGAGCCCAGAGACUCGCCAAAUCCUGGAGCCAGUAAAUCUGGGACUGGGAGACAGAGGACGUUAGCUUCAAUACCGCUUCUCCCAUAUCUGCAAUCUAAUUUGACAGGAUUUAAGCAAUUGGAAAUCCUCAACUUCAGGAAUGGUAGUGUUGUGGUGAACAGCAAGAUGAAAGUAGAAAAAGAUGUGCCACAUAACCUGACACAGGCCGUUCACUGUGUGCUAGAAGACUUCUGCAACGCUGCAUCCAAACGACUAGACAUUGAGAUUGACAGUCGCUACCUGGACAUAGAACCUGCUGACCAAGCAGAUCCCUGCAAGUUCUUGGCCUGCAAUGAGUUCUCCCAAUGUGUGGUAAACAGUUGGACCCAGGAGGCUGAGUGUUUGUGUGACCCUGGCUACAGCACUACGGACGGUCUGCCCUGCCAGAGCAUUUGUAACUUGGAGGAAGAAUACUGCUUCAACGGGGGGCCUUUGUGACAUCAUCCAGGGUCAUGGAGCCACCUGCAGAUGUCCUGUAGGGAAAUACUGGCACUAUCACGGAGUGCGCUGCAAUGAGCUGGUGUCACUGCCUGUAGAUCCAGCCAUUUUCAUAGCCUGCCUCGUGGGAAGCCUCACCUUGGUUUGUGCCAUCAUAGGCAUCUUGGUAUUCAUAAACAAGAAAUGUUUCGGGAACCGAAAGACUGUGACUUUGGUGCAUACAAUUGCUCCCUAUGCCUUUGAGAACACAUUGAGAGUGAACCCUGUUUUUGAAAAUGACGAUGGCAUCUUGACUCAAGUAUCGAGCAUAAGUACACCAGCACCCUCGAGUAGUGGUGCUGGUUCUUCUCAGACAUCAGAGCAAGAAGCUUUUCGCGCUAUUGAAAAUAUACAUCUAAGUAUUGAGAUCCCCAGACAGCUCUACACAACCAGACCUGACAAGCUAGUCUCUGAAAUGGUAGAUUUCCAUCACUGUAUACCACACAACGAGACGUGGCGACCACCGAAUGAGUACCGAACCUGUUGCCUGUUAAGGGCAUCAGAAAACGAAUGCUUUGAGGUAACUGUUCUUUGAUGGCUAAUUUCUUGGCACCAAGAUUCUUAGUUGCUUUGAACUUCAGCGGUAUACUCGAAAUAUAUCUUGUCUCUUGGAAAUUCACGUCAUGGCAGUGGACUCAUCAAUUACUGGAAUUACUGCAUACAUGGAGAAGUGUACCUGGAAUUGGAUGUUACUGGAAUUACUGCAUACAUGGAGAAGUGUACCUAGGAUUGGAUGUUACUGGAAUUACUGCAUACAUGGAGAAGUGUACCUAGGAUUGGAUGCAUAUUGCAGAUGGUGUGUGGAUAUUACAUGCUGGACUAGAAGGUUGUGUUAAGGUAUACCCAUCUAUUUAUACACAAGAGUAUUUUCCUAACAUUGAGUUGCACCCACCCCUUUUUGCCAUCAGAACAGCCUCAAUUCGUCAGGGCAUGGACUCUUCAAGGUGUCGAAGGCAAUCCAUAGGGAUGCUGGCCCAUGUUGACUCCAAUGCUU